AUGCUCCCGUUCAACUUCUCCACCAUCGCCUCCAGCUUCAUCGCCGCUGACGAGUCCGGCAUGGGCGAGCCUUCGCCCCCUGGCGCUGCCGCCAACCAUCUAUGCGUCCUUGUGCAUGGACUCUGGGGGAAUCCCAAUCAUCUGGCUUAUCUCACAUCCUCCCUCCGUGAGGCCUUCUCUGAAGACGAGCUCCACAUCCUCGUUGUCGCCCGCAACGCUGGCUCUCAGACGUACGAUGGAAUCGAGCUGGGAGGAGAGCGCAUCACCCAGGAGAUCGAGGAAGAGCUGGAUCGCCUGGCCCACGCCGGGCAAACGAUCCGCAAGAUUAGCAUCAUCGGGUACUCGCUCGGCGGUCUUAUCGCUAGAUACGCCAUCGGAUUGAUGUACCACAAGGGGUGGUUCGAAAAGAUCGAGCCUGUGAAUUUCACCACCUUCGCCACGCCGCAUCUGGGCGUGCGCACGCCUCUUAUCGGCGUCUGGAACCACAUGUGGAACGUUCUCGGCGCGAGGUUGCUUUCUGCCUCUGGCCGCCAGCUGUUUACCAUUGAUUCAUUCCGCAACACCGGCCGGCCACUGCUCGCUAACCUGGCCGACCCCGAGAGCGUCUUCAUCAAGGGGCUGGCCAAGUUUAAGCACAAGUCGCUGUACUGCAACGUCGUCAACGACCGCUCUGUUGUCUACUACAGCGCCGGCAUCUCUCGCAUCGAUCCCUAUUCCGACCCGGAUGCAGUGAAAAUCAACUAUCUAAAGGGCUACGAGGACGUAGUCAUCGACCCCGACCACCCGGUUGUACCAAAGCACGACCAAGAUGAUGCUCUGCCUACUUUUUACAAGCGGUUUGCCGGCAAGAGUUACUCGGUGCUGGCCAAGUUGCCUCUGAUGCUGUUUCUUGUGGUUUUUAUCCCAAUUGCUUUGGUGCUCUUCAUCCUCAACUCUGCGAUCCAGUCGGUCAGAAGUAGUCGGCGGAUUCGGUUGCAUGCGGAGGGAAAGUCUGGCAUAAACACUAGCGCCUAUAGCAUUCCUUUGCUCAUGGAUGAAGUGCGCCAUGAAGCGGACGAGAUCUUUGAAGGGAUGAACCACAACCAAGAGUAUCUGCCCUCCGGCAGCGAAGAGCUCGCCACCCCAACAAACUCAAAGCCCAAUGCACCAAAGGCCGUACGCACCAAGUCUGACCCAGGGGAGAAGCUUGUUCUGGAAGAGUCUGGCGAGGCUGAAGACGAGGCGCCCCAUCAUCCUGAGAACAGGCAAUUGGAGUUCCCGACGUUGGCGCUGACACCGGCGCAGUUCGCCAUGAUACAAGCAUUGGAUGACGUUGGCAUCAGGAAGUACCCGGUCUACAUUCACAAGGACCGACACAGCCACGCCGCUAUCAUCGUGCGAAAGCUGAAUAACCCCUCCCCCGAGGGCAAGCUUGUGGUCAAGCACUGGCUCAGCGAGUUCGAGGUCUGA